AUAUAUAUAUAUAUAUAUAAUGUAGUUUUGCUACCUUGUGUUCUUCAUUAGCAAAUGUUAUUUAAAUUAUUAGUUAUAAUUAAAUAAGUAUUACAUUAAUGUCACGAUAUAUGAUAGAUAUGAUGCUUACGUAACACAUAUGAUGCUUAUGUGUGAAUAUGUGGUGAUGACGUAUUACCAUAUCAAUACCACGUAUUCGUCAUAUCAAUAUAAUUUUAUUGUAAUUAAUGGUUUAUAUCAUAUUAAAUAUGUAAGAAAUUAUAAUAUAUUAAAUUGAUAAAAAUUAAAUUAUGAUAUUUUAUGUAUUAAGUGUGAAACUAUAAAAUAUUUUUUUAUAAUUUUUUUUAAUAAAAAAUUAAGUAAAAAUUUAAAUAUAUAUUUGUUUAGAUGAGUGCACUAUUAGUUAUCAAUCACGCGACACCUAGUUAACUACAAAUAGUUCUAUUCUUAAAAAAGAUUAUUAUUAUUAUUAUUAUUAUUAUUAUUAUUAUUAUUAUUAUUGCGGAGUUUGGACUGUGAACUCUCGAAAUUUUGCCUUGCUCAAUUUUAUAAGCCCUAGCUGCAUUGCGUUCUGUCUGUCUUCUACGCGACGCCUUUUCUGAUGAGAAUCCAACGGCCAGGAGUAAACUGUCAUAAGAGUAUCGCCGCCCUCCAGGUGAAAGCGACGUGAUAAAAACGGAAAUAAGAUAAAAGUGGAGGCUAUUUUGGCAAAUAAAAGCCCAAAUCUUCUCGUCUCUUCCAUCCUUCUCCGGAGAUCGGCGAUUACUUCCCACCGAGAUUUCUCUCCAAUUUCCCCUCUCAAUCUCUACUUGGUGCUUUGCAUUGAUUUCUUGUCUUAAACCAUUGAUAUAGUGAAUACUUUUGGUGAAAUGGAUCUGAAUCCCAUUAAGGAUGCAUUUGAUCAUGUUUCAAAGAAGCAAAAGCUGUCCAGUUCUAAAGCUCAAGAAAUGAUUGACCAGAUCAUGCAAGAAAUUGAAAAGGCGGUGGAAAUAAUACAGUCUGGACAAUCUGGCUCUGAAUUUGAACAUAAAUCUGUUCUUGGUGAGCUUAAUAAAAAGCUGCAGGAAAUUUCUCCUAUCAGUCAGCUGGAAGGCACACAGAAGGAACUGAAUAUAGCACUGAGCAAGUACCCAAAGCAACUGGAGAAAUCUUUCAACCCAGACAUCUCCAAGGCAUACAGAAACAUUGACUUUGAUAUCCACACUGUCAACCAGAUAAUUGGAAGCCAUUUCUACCGACUUGGCUUAUUUAGUAUCGGUGACUGCUUCAUAAAUGAGGCCAAGGAACCAGAAUCUACUGUUGCUAUGAGAUCCAUGUUCUCAGAAAUGUAUCUAAUAGUAGAAGCUAUGAAGGAUCGAAACCUAAUACCUGCAUUAAAGUGGGCUGCUGCCAACUCUGAUAAGCUUAAAGAAAAUGGUUCAGACCUUGAGCUGAAACUUCAUCGUUUGCAGUUUGUGGAAAUACUGCAACAUGGAAGUAGAGGUGAAGCUCUUACGUAUGCCAGAACUCAUUUUGCUCCUUUUGCAUUCAAUCAUUUGGGUGAAAUUCAGAAGCUCAUGGCCUGCCUCUUGUGGACUGGAAAGCUUGAUCGCUCCCCAUACUCUGAAUUACUGUCUGCUGCUAAUUGGAACACAGUGGCUGACGAGCUAACUAGGCAAUUCUGCAAUCUUCUGGGGCAGUCUUUUGAAAGCCCAUUGAGUGUGACAAUAGCAGCAGGGUUUCAAGGUUUACCACCUCUUCUGAAGUUUAUGAAUGUAAUGGCAGGCAAGAAACAGGAGUGGCAGUCGAUGAAGCAGUUGCCAGUGCCUGUGGAGCUGGAUAAAGAAUUUCAGUUCCAUUCCAUCUUUGUGUGCCCAGUGUCUAAGGAGCAAUCGACUGAUGAUAAUCCCCCAAUGUUGAUGCCCUGUGGUCAUGUGCUGUGCAAACAAUCUAUCAAUAAGAUGUCAAAGAACAGUUCCAAAACCUUCAAGUGCCCGUACUGUCCUGAUAAUAUCGAUGCAACAAAGUGUACGCAGCUGUAUUUCUGAUUUGUACUCCCACGUGUACAUUGAAAUGUAUCAAACUCUCGCUCUCUCUCUCUCUCUUUAAUGUAUGAAAAUUGUGUAGAAACUGGUGGUGGUAUGUUGUGUAGCCAAGGGCAUGUGGACAGUGGCAAGCUGGUCUAUCGUGUACUGUUUGUUGAUGCAUUUGUUGUAAAUAGACAUUCUUUUCACAUUUAUGUUGGGAAUGGAAAACUAGUUCCAGGACACUUCUGAAGUUA